CUUCCAUGUCUUACCAUUCCAACUAAUCACAAUCAUUUUUCUUCUCAUAAUCUCAAUCUUCACAUUUCUUCCUCUAUUUUCUUUCUAGGUAAUUAAUCUAUUAAACCGAGAAAUCUACAGAGAAGAAUAGCAAUGGGUUCUGAAUCUCUUGUUCAUGUCCUUCUUGUUUCCUUCCCUGGCCAAGGCCAUGUAAACCCUCUUCUUCGACUCGGCAAACGCCUCGCCUCUAAAGGUUUGUUAGUCACCUUCACCACUCCUGAUAGCAUUGGCAAACAAAUGAAGAAAGCGAGCAAUCUCACUGACGAGCCCACCCCAGUCGGAGAUGGCUUCAUUCGGUUCGAAUUCUUCGAAGAUGGUUGGGACGAGGACGAGCCAAGGCGACAGGACCUUGACCAAUACCUGCCCCAACUCGAGUUCGUAGGCAAAGAAUUGAUUCCUCGUAUGAUCCAGAAAAACGCUGAACAAAACCGUCCCGUUUCUUGCCUAAUCAACAACCCUUUCAUUCCUUGGGUGUCAGAUGUUGCGGACAGUCUAGGCCUUCCUUCCGCAAUGCUUUGGGUCCAAUCUUGUGCUUGUUUUGCCGCUUAUUACCAUUACUAUCACGGGUUGGUCCCAUUCCCAGAUGAAAAAAACCCUGAAAUUGAUGUUCAGUUGCCGUGUAUGCCACUCCUCAAGUAUGACGAAGUGCCUAGUUUUCUGCAUCCAACAACUCCUUAUCCUUUCUUGAGGAGGGCCAUUCUUGGUCAGUACAGAAACCUCGACAAGCCUUUUUGCAUUUUGAUGGACACUUUUCAGGAGCUCGAGCACGACAUCAUCGAAUACAUGUCGAGAAUUUCCCCAAUCAAGACUGUUGGCCCGCUGUUCAAGAACCCCAAGGCCCCAUCCUCAACCGUCCGUGGUGACUUCAUGAAGGCUGAUGACUGCAUAGAAUGGCUCGACACAAAACCAGCCUCAUCUGUCGUUUACAUCUCUUUUGGUAGUGUGGUUUACUUGAAGCAAGAACAAGUGGACGAAAUUGCUCACGGUUUGUUGAACUCUGGCGUUUCGUUUUUGUGGGUGAUGAAGCCACCGCACAAGGAUGCCGGCCUCGAACUCCUUGUUCUUCCUGAUGGGUUCUUGGAGAAAGUUGGAGACAACGGCAGGGUGGUGCAAUGGAGUCCACAAGAGAAAGUGUUGGCUCACCCGAGUGUUGCUUGCUUUGUAACACACUGCGGCUGGAACUCGACAAUGGAGUCGUUAACAUCAGGCAUGCCGGUUGUGGCUUUCCCGCAAUGGGGCGAUCAAGUCACUGAUGCUGUGUACUUAGUGGACGUGUUUAAGACUGGAAUCAGAAUGUGCCGUGGAGAGGCUGAAAACAGGAUAAUCCCUCGAGAGGAGAUUGAGAAAUGCUUGCUGGAGGCGACUUCUGGGCCUAAAGCGGCGGAGAUGAAGCAAAACGCGUUGAAGUGGAAGAAGGCAGCAGAGGAAGCAGUGGCAGAAGGCGGCUCCUCCGACAGGAACAUUCAGGCCUUUGUAGAUGAGGUGAGAAGAAGGAGUGUUGAAAUUACCAGCAAUUCAAAGGCCGUGAAGGCAAUAUCCAUCAAUGGAGGAGUUUCAGAGUUAGUUGAGAAGGCGGAAAAUGGGAAGGUAGAGUUGGCGGAGAAGGCGGAAGCCAAUGGGAAAGUAGAAAUGGUGGAGUCAUAAGAAAUAAGAGACAGGUGGCGAGUGAUGAUUGGGUGGUGGGGAAAUGAAUAAAUUUCAUGAAACUCUCUUCAUGAGCUCUAUUAUGUAAUGUUGUUUACAUAUAUCGUUGCUGGCUUUCAAGAUUGUACUGCCUUUUUGUUUGGUUAUAUUUCACUACAUGUUGUAACUGGUUAUUUUUCCUUUUUCUUUUCAAUCUUUAUUUUAUUUUCUUUUCAUUGUAGUGAUUAAUGAAGAGGAGGGAAUAAGUAUGCAGUAUUUUACUUCAUUACGGGAA